CUACCUUCAUGAAUUUCAAUUCAUCGUCACCGCUUCCACGCCUUUAAAUAUUUUGUUCAAUAUCCUUUCAUUUCCCUCACUUUUCACCCAUCUUUUGUUCAGUAUUCAGGAAAAUGGGAGAAUGGAAACAUGCAAGAGCAUCAGCAGCAGCAAUGCUGCUUCUGCUUCUGUGCUUGAAUGAGAUUGCACAUGUAAACUCGCAGAGGGUACCUGCUUUGUUUGUUUUUGGAGAUUCAUUGGUUGAAGUUGGCAACAAUAAUUUCCUAAACACCAUCGCAAGAGCAAAUUUCUUCCCCUACGGCAUCGACUUCAACGGUGGUGCUACUGGCAGAUUUUCUAAUGGCAGAUCCCUCGUUGAUUUCAUUGGAGAAAUGCUGGGCGUUCCUUCUCCUCCACCUUUUGCAGAUCCCUCCACGACUGGAUCCAGAAUACUCAAUGGUGUCAAUUAUGCAUCGGGUGCUUCCGGUAUUCUUGAUGAGUCAGGAAGAAACUAUGGCGAUCGGUUUACCAUGAACCGGCAAAUCCAGAACUUUGAGAGCACUUUGAAUCAGUACAGGACAACGAUGAAUCCUGCUGCGCUGAGUCAGUUCUUGGCCAAGUCUAUAGCAGUUGUGGUAACCGGAAACAAUGACUAUAUCAAUAACUACCUCAUUCCUGGCUUAUAUAACUCCAGUUAUAAUUACAAUGCCCAGCAGUACGGCAGUCUUCUUGUUAACAAUUUAGGGAGACAAAUUUUGGCACUGCAUAGUAUGGGGAUAAGAAAGCUCUUCAUAGCAGGAAUUGGGCCACUGGGUUGCAUCCCUAAUAUUCGAGCGAUUGGUUUAGCCCCAGCAGGAAGAUGCAUGGACUUGGUCAAUCAGAUGGUUGGAUUCUUCAACGUAGGGCUUAGAUCGAUGGUGGAGCAACUGAACAGAGAUCAUCCUGAUUCCAUCUUUGUAUACGCCAACACUUACCAUGUAUUGGGCGAUAUCCUGAACAACCCUGCGAGAUACCAGUUUAAUGUUGUGGACAGAGCUUGCUGUGGAGUAGGAAGAAACAGAGGUCAGAUAUCAUGUCUGCCAUUGGAAAUUCCAUGUCUGAACAGAAAGCAGACCGUGUUUUGGGAUGCCUUCCACCCAUCGGAAUCUGCCAUUUAUGUGUUUGCUUGGAGAGCUGUUAAUGGACCACAGGAUGAUUGUUAUCCUGUUAAUCUCAAACAAAUGGCUCUCAUUUAAUUCCCUCAUGUAUGCUCCCUGCAUUUAUCCAAAUAAAAUAUAAAUCAAAUAUAGCAAAAGUCAUUUCA